AUUGAAAAUCUGAAGAAGAUAAACCAUGAGCUAAGGCAACAUGUCAUACAACUGCUUGAUAAGAAGCAAGUGGUGGGAAGUCAAGUGGAUAGGUUCACCUGUAAAAAUGAUCAUCUGUGUAAAGAACUGACUGUAAUUGGCAAACUAUCUGAGCAGCUGGAAAAAGAAUUGCUAUUGAAUACUGCUGAUAAGGAGCUUGAGGAAGCAAAGAUUCAAAUUCGACACCAGCAGAACAAGAUAAAGAAGCUGGAACACACAGUGAAAACACUAAAAUCUGUUAUUUUACAAACAGAAGCUGAAAUAAAGCAAGGGAAGUCACCUUCAAGGCUUGGUGCCUUUAUUAAGACAUUGGAAGAGGACAGAGACUACUAUAAACGUGAGACUGAGAAUUUGCUGAAGGUAUUUAGAAACGCAUUUUCAAGUCCUAAGCGAACCUCUACUUGUGGCAUGAGUUCUGAUCCAGAAGUUUUGAAAAUAUUGAGAGAAUGUGAAGAACUUAAGUCAACGCUGAAAAAAUAUGAGCGCCGUGUGGCAGAAAUUCAGGGUAACUUCAAAGUUUUAAGAGCUGAGAGAGACAAAAUUGUCAAUCUUUAUGAACGGGCACAGGAAGAGAUUUCCCGACUUCGUCAUGAAGUUAUCAAAUGCCCCCGGACUCCUAAAAGUACUGUGGCAGCUCAAGCUAUGUUAAGACAUGUGGAGAUAGAAAGGGAUACAGCAGUGUCAGAUUUCCGAAGGAUGACUACAGAACGUGAUAGCCUCAGGGAGCAGUUAAAGAUUUCCCAAGAGACUGCCUUUAAUGAAAAGGCUCAUUUGGAACAGAGAAUUGAAGAGCUAGAAACUGGUAUUCAAAAUUUAGAUAGUGAACGGUUAGAACAGAUGUCCAAAGUGGCGCUAAUGAAAGACACCAUUGAUUCUCUGGAAACUGAGAUGAAAAGAUUGGCAAGAAGAGCACUGGACUCUGAAACUGAGCUGAGACGACAGGAAGCUGAAUAUGUUUCACUCAGUUUAUUGAAUGAAAAGACAGAACAGAGUCUUUCAGAGACUCAGCAAAGCCUUGUUAGGAAAAAAUAUGAAAUGCAACUUACCCAGGAGAAAAUUAUGCUUUUGGAUGAAAAAAUUGAUAACUUUUCAAGACAAAGUCUUCUACAACAAGAGGAGAUCUGUGCUUUGAAAGAAACGAUUGCACAACUUGAUAAAGAGAAGGCGACUCUGCAAGACUGUGUGGAAGAAGGAAGAGAGAAGAUUGCUACUUUUGAGGAAAGCCUCGCAAUUAGAGACAAAAUAAUUUCAGAUUUCAAGAUUCUGAUUUCUGAGUUGGAGCGUUCCACAAAAAAAUCUGCUGAAGCACUCUGUAUCUGUGAGAAAGAUAUCACCAGUUUGCAUCAACAGCUACAAGAAACCAACAGAGAACUUGCAGAGACUAACAAGAACAGAGAAUCAUUAGCUCAGGAGAAUGACAGGUUACAAGAGCAUCUUUCUAAUAUUAAGCAAGAAAAUCAGGUACUAUAUAAAAAGCUAGCAAAGUACCAAAAUGAGCUUGAUGAUAUAAAGUUGAAAGCCCAGGAUUCAAACGCAGAUACUGUCAGGCUGAAGGGUGUAUUGAAGUCUAAAGAGAGAGAGAACUGCGAGCUUUUGGAGAAUUACCACAAAGCCCGUGAACAAGGAGAAAGUUGGGAAGCAAAAUGCCAUCAAGCAGAAGCAGAUUCUAGCUCUGUUAGACUGGCACUAAUCAGUGCGGAGUCUGAGAACCGCAGGUUGAAAGAGAAAAUGGAGUCCCUUGAAACGGAGAUGGAGCAACGUUUAAUAGCAGAAGCAGCAUACACGUCUCAGAUUUCUGCCUUAAGCAAGUCUCUUGUGAAAAUGGAAGGAGAGCUUCAAAACAUACAUCGAGAGAGACUGCAGAGCAAGUGUGAGUCAUCCCAUUCUGAAAUAGAGCUGCUGAGAAAACAACUGGGAAAUGAAAGAGCAUCUAUGAAAAACCUGGAAUCUUUGCUUCUGUCCAAUCGUGAGAAAGAAUUUCAGUCACAGAUAGAAAAGCAAGAAAAAGACUCUGAAAUUCAGUUUCUCAAGGAACAGCUUUCUUUAGCAGAAAAUAAAAUUGCUGUGCAGAGUCGAGAUUUCACUCAGCUCAGAAAUAGAGCAGCUCAGCUAGAGUCAGAACUGGGUAUCACCAAAAGACAGCUGGGGACUGAGCGGUUUGAAAGGCAA